UAACAAUCUGCUAUUUCAGAAUUUAGUUUUCUUUUUUCCCCCCUACUGAAUAUAUUAUCUAGAGGCCUAUAAAGACCAUGAGCUUCUGUUGUCUUGUAAUUUUGAGCUUGAUCUUUGCUCUGCCAUCUAUCUCUUUUGCAACUAUGGUUGGAAAAAACCAGCCAUGGAAAGUUGACACAAUCUUGGAGCACCAGAUGGAAGCUACUUCAAUUGAGAGCACUGAAAGUGGAGUAACAACAGGGCUUAGACCAUGGAAGGGUCAAAGCAACUGGCGUCACCAGCAUCACCUGAAGAAUGUGCAUGGGAUUCUAAACAUCUUUGGAUGGGGGUUACUGUUGCCCAUAGGAGCAAUAGUGGCAAGAAAUUUCAGCAAGUUCCCUUUGAAAUGCGAUGAUUGGUACCAACUUCACACGCUGUGCCAAACUUCUGGAUACAUAGUGGGUGCGGUUGGAUGGGGCACUGGCAUAUGGCUGGGGAAUUCUUCCAGGCAAUACACUUUGAAGGCACAUCGGAUUCUAGGGAUCAUUGUGUUUACAUUGGCAACUCUACAAAUGUUAGCCAUGUGGUUACAAGCAAAGAAAGAAGAUGAAUGUGGCAAGUGGUGGGAGAUAUGCUAUAAUGUAUUAGGGUAUGUGGUGAUUGUUCUUAGCAUAGCUAACAUAUUCGAAGGGAUCGGUAAUAUCCGAAGCCAUGCUGCAGAGUAUUGGAGGUGGGUUUAUAUGGCGAUGCUUAUAGUUUUAGCUCUGAUAGCUGUGGCAUUGGAAAUAUAUAGAUGGAUCAAAUCCAAGAACCAGCAGAUGCCAUUCGAUGACAACGACAUAGAUGCUUCACAACAAAUUUAAAUCUCCUUUUUCCUGUUGUGUGUGUGUGUUUUCCUCUUCAAUUCGGGGUCAGAUUAAAAACUCACAGGAUUCUAGAACAGGAAAAGAAAAAAAAAAGUGCAAAAACCUGAAACAGAAAAUCUGAGGCAAAACUUUAGAUGAGAUCAUCAAAACAGAGGGAAUAUCACAUCAUCUUGAUUUAUGCUUUCAAUUAAUAAUGUUUUUGUUACAUAUAUAUAUAUGGGAGUGAGAGACAAUCUUUUACUUA